AUGGAGAUUUUGUACUGAGUCCUGUUCUUAGUGCUCGGAUGUCACCUGAAGCUAAAGAAGCCACCCUGGGUGCACAUGUCAUUGACCAUGACAGCAUAUGCCCUGGUGGUGGUGUCUUACUUCCUCAUCACCAGAGGAAUAAUUUAUGAUGUUAUUGCAGAACCUCCAAAGGUUGGCUCUAUGACCGAUGAAUACAGGUACCAGAGGCCAGUAGCUUUCUUGGCCUACAGGGUAAAUGGACAGUGUAUUAUGGAAGCGCUUGCAUCCAGGUUCCUGUUUACGAUGGGUAGGGGCAGUUAGGUUUCAUAACCCUGGAUUGAUCCAAUGUACCUAACAUUCUGUCAUGCACUGAAUUGUGUCCCCCAAAAAUAUAUGUAUCAAUUUGGCUAGGCCAAGCUUCCCAGUACUGAGUAAUUGUCUACCGUUUUGUCAGCUGAUGUGAUUUUCCUAUGUGUUGUAAAUCCUAUGUCAAUAAUGUUGAUGAGAUGGAAUUAGUGGUAGUUAUGCUAAUGAGGCAAGACUCAAUCUACAAGAUUAGGUUUUGUAUUAAAUCAGUCUCUUUUGAGAUAUAAAAGAGAGACAUGAGCAGAGAGACAGAGGGACCUUAUACCACCAAGAAAGCAGCGCUGAGAACAGAGUGCAUUCUUUAUACCUGAGGUU